CUCUCCUUUUCUCUAGUGGUGUGUAUAAAUAUACAGACGUACACGGAAAGCAAAGGGUUGAUCAGAGACGGGGAACAAAAAGAAAACGAAAAGAAAUAAAACAGGAGACCCAUAAGAAAAACAAAUACUGAAGAAAUGAUCAUGGGUCGUUUACAAUCAGAGAAGUUAGCACCCUUCUUCUCCCUCCUUUUCUUCUUCUUCUUCUCUUGGUUUUUCGGCUUCAGUACUGCUGCUUUCAACCUCUCCAUCCUCUCCUUUGAUGAAGGAUACAGCCCUCUAUUCGGUGAUGGCAACCUUGUUCGCUCACCUGAUGGCCAUAGCGUCCGUCUCCUCCUUGACGUUUAUACAGGGUCUGGUUUUAUUUCAUCCAGUAUGUAUCAACAUGGAUUUUUCAGUGCCAAAAUCAAGUUGCCAUCAGAUUAUACUGCGGGAAUAGUGGUUGCCUUCUAUACAUCAAACGGUGAUGUAUACCAGAAAACCCAUGAUGAAUUAGACAUUGAGUUUUUAGGAAAUAUUGAAGGUAAGCCAUGGAGAUUCCAGACAAAUUUGUAUGGCAAUGGUAGCACAAACCGAGGCCGAGAGGAACGCUACAGACUUUGGUUUGAUCCAUCAAAAGAAUUUCACAGAUACAGCAUUCUCUGGACAGCCAAGAACAUCAUUUUUUAUGUGGAUGAAGUUCCAAUCAGAGAAGUGGUGCGCAAUGAUGAAAUGGGUGGAGACUACCCAUCAAAGCCAAUGUCUUUGUAUGCCACUAUUUGGGAUGCCUCUAGCUGGGCCACAAACGGAGGCAAAAAUAAAGUUGAUUAUAGGUAUGCCCCAUUCAUUUCCGAGUUUAAAGAGCUAGUCCUCGACGGUUGCGCUAUGGAUCCUAUCCAGGAACUGCCCGACGCGGCUGCCUGCUCGGUGACAGAUACCUGGCUCGAGAGCCAUGACUAUGCCGUCAUAACACCAGCAAGGCGAGCUGCCAUGCGUAAAUUUAGGCAGCAUUACAUGUAUUAUUCUUACUGUUAUGACACAUUGCGUUAUCCUGUAACACCUCCUGAAUGUGUAAUUGAUCCAACCGAAAGGCAAAGGUUCCAAGACACCGGAAGAUUGAAAUUUGGUGGAAGCCAUAGAAAGCAAGUGAGGAUCACAAGAGCACGUCGGAAGAGAAGAUCACGAGGUGCUUCCAUCUCCAAUGAACAGACCGAUAUGUGAAAUAAAUUUGAGUUUCUAAAUUAAAAUUGUCAUGGUCUUCAAUCUUGUUAUUAUUAUAAGUUUACAAUCACAUUAUGUGUAUAGAAAUAUAUAGAGUGCCAAAUAAUUGAGUUUUGGCAGGUUUUUCCUUUGACUUACCAUUUAGUCCGAGGAAUAAUUUGGAACUUGUCUUCUAGUUGAACGAUUCUUUUAUUAACGACGGAACCAAAUUUCAUCAA